AUGCCGACUAAAACCAUCCAUGGGAACUCGCAAUUCCAGAAACCCUCCUCUUUACGCUGGAAAUGGGAGUCACCUGAUGGAGAGUAUCAUAAUGAAGUUGACCACAACAUAGCCAGUAAAAGGUUUUGCCUGACGGAUGUCGCUGUUGUACCAAGAGAUGCGAUAAAGGAAGAUCUCAAAGAGAGAAGAGCAGAUUUGUUGGCUGAAGCUGCAAAGGUGGGACGGAGCAUUACGCCGACGCCCGUCGGAACUCCUCCAAUCGCAAAACAACAAUGGCUGCUCUCCGGACCACAGAUGGACCAACUACAGCAUCGAGAAGGGAGAUGGAAAAGGGAGGAUAGACGUGUCAUUCCAAAGGUCCUCCCUUCCGAAGUCCGACAUGCCAUCAUGUCUGUAAAAAAUCGCACUUCAGCCGGUCUCGACAGAAUCAAGCCUGAACAUUUGAAGUACCUACCGCCAGUCUUCAUCAACACACAGGCGAAGCUCUUCGCCCGUGAUCUGUCCGAAUGCAAGGUUCCUAAGCAACGGAAAACCAACAAGAUCGUGCUGUUGUAUAAAAAGGGAGACCCACAAGACAUCGGCAACUAUCGUCCAAUCUGCUUACUGUCUGUGAUCUACAAGCUCUUCACAAGAGUAAUCCUAAACAGGAUAGAAAGAACAUUAGAUGAAGGAGAGCCAUGCGACCAUGUCCCCAAGCAGGAAGUAUCGCGAGAGUACAAGAUGCCGCUGUGUCUCACGUUCAUCGAUUUAAAGAAAGCCUUUGAUACAGCUGAGACCGAAGUGGUCAUGGAGACAACCAAGGCGUCCCUACUCCAUACAUAA